AUGUCUAAUGAUUUAAAUAGACAAGAUGAAGAUGGUAUUGGUAGCUCAAGUAAUGAUUUAUUUUAUACAAGAGAAAUGUCUGAUAUUUUAUAUUUUAUAGAAGAAAAUGAAGAAAAUGAAAAUUAUUAUACACAAGAUUUAUUAAAUAAUUCUUUAAAUAAUUCUUUAUCAAAUAAUUCUUUAAAUAAUUCUUUAUCAAAUAAUUCUUUAAAUAAUUCUUUAUCAGGAGAAAUAUGGAAUUAUUUUAAAAAAGGUGCAGAUUUAGGGAGGGGAAAUUAUGAAGCAGAAUGUAAUUGGUGUAAUAAAAAAUGGUCAAGAGGACAUCCAAAAGAUAUGAAAAUUCAUUUAGUUAGAAAUUGUGAAAAGGUUUGUUGUGGAUUUCUAUUUCAAACAAUUGAAAAUUUAUUUAUCAUUGAUUUAUUUCGAAUUACUAUUUCAGGAUAUAUUUUACCUUCACGUACUAUUCUUUCUGAAAAAUUAUUAGAUCAAGAAACUAUACGAAUUGAAAAAAAAAUUGAAAAUGAUCUGAAAUAUAGUAAUUAUCUCACUAUUAGUCUUGAUGGAUGGAUUUCUUCAAGACAUGAUUCAAUUUAUAAUUAUCUUGUUACUACAUCAACAAGAAAAGAAUAUCUCAUCAAGCUUAAAAAUUAUAAUAUAAAAAAACAAACUGCAGUUGUAACUGAUCAUGGAGCAAAUUUAAGAGUUGCUUGA